UUUUCAGAACGGUCGGUAAGGCACGAUCAGUACCGUGCAACUCGUUGACCGAUCAACUACUAUACCUUACCAUACCGCGACGUAUCCGUCCGCGUACGACAGCUUUAGCGAACUCAUCAUCGACUCGUCGUCAAUAAAAACGAUUGAUCAUCUUACGGCGCGGAUCGCGAAACAAAAAAUUGGCUGGUGAGGGCGCUCGGAGUGCUGCAGGAUAGACCGUCAGCCGUCGUUUUAGGUGUGCUACCGGUGAAUUCGAACUCGAACGAUUUGCUUCGCUAAGCUGCAAAUUAGUUUCAAACAAACCGCAGCGGGAUUCGCGUGAAUCUGUGCGCGGGCGUAACCACAUUCGUCGCAUCACUACACCGUCAUCAUCAUUGCUGGCUACUUUAGUCAGUUAAGUCAGUCAGUGCAAGUCGUCGCGGUGCAUUAUCCCGGAUAGCAAGCAGAAAUUUUCCAGAAGUGAUCAAGUGAACAUUAGACUGUAGAACUGUGGCGAAUCGAUCGGCGAUCAAUGUGGCGCGUCAUCGCAAAUAAUUGUGAAAUUGGAGGGUGAAUUUCACUUUCACGGUUCCUGCCUGCGCGAUUUGGGAAUCCAUCGGCGUCCAGCACCUCUCGGAAACACAACUCAUCAGAAUGCAUUGCAUAAGACUAUGCUCAACAUGGAUGCAUUCCUGGGUGAAAUUGCUUCUUGUGCUAGCCAUUUGGUUCUACCUCAAUGUGGAUGCGGAUGAAUGUAUCGCCUCGAAAACCGAUCGACACCGCACAAUUAUGGAAGCCUAUCGGAGCUCUCACAAUUGGAACGCAAUUCUGACGGAGGAUUCGCUUAACUUGCACGAGAAUCAAACGGACCUGGAUCUGUCGAAGCAAGGCUUCCAUGAAGUACACUGGCAUCUAAGCAGCAUCGUCGGGGAAGGAUAUGACAUCUAUGAAUUGGACAUGUCAUAUAAUAAUAUCGAGGUGCUAAACGAACUGACGUUUCUGAAGUUCUAUUCUCUGGAAAUGCUUAACUUGUCGUACAACAGAAUAAUGGUAAUCAACAAUUUGACCUUCGGUUCGCUGAUCCGACUGAUGGAGCUCGACCUAUCAUUCAACUUGAUUCAUACAAUUGAAAAAGAAGCAUUCAAUCGCAUGUAUGCUUUGGAAUCGUUGAAUUUACGAGAAAAUUGCUUGAUUACGUUGAACGAACAUCAGUUCCAUUUUAAUGAUCACCUUUCGUCACUGUUGCUGAAUCAUAAUCAGAUCGGAUUCUUGCCGAGUGUAUUGUUUGAUUCUCUAGCUAUGGUGGAGGAGUUGUUUGAAGUCGAUCUUUCCUACAACAAUUUUCAUCGAAUGCCGUACAUUGAAGCAAAAGAAAUUGGUUUGCUAAAAGUAGACUAUAACCAAAUAAACAUUCUGUCCGUCAACCGAACAUACAACGUCAGAGCUUUGGAAGCGCACCAUAACAAUAUACAUGACGCUGAUUUGUUCCAGUUUAGUUCCGCCGAGCACGUCGAUUUGUCACACAAUCAACUGGACAACAUUGCCGGUCUCCAUGAGAUGACUCGUUUAGAGUACCUGGAUUUGUCUUCGAAUAACAUUUCGCGGUUUGACUACAAUCUAAAAUAUUCCAUACGGAACAUUCCAACCUUGGCAACGCUCAGACUUCAGAACUGUAGCCUAACUGAAAACAACAUGGAUGGUCUGUUGAUAUCGGAAUCAAUUUUGAACCUUGAUCUUUCCCAGAACAACUUCGUUCGGUUGAACAUCAGCCACCUGGCAAAACUGAAAACUCUUCAAUACGUCAGCUUGAACUUCAACUACCUUCAAGAACUUAUAGACUAUGAACACAUGGCGCAUCAUUUCCCUCACCUGGAGCUGAUAUCCCUUUCCUUCAACCGGUGGAACUGCUCCUACUUCGACAACAUCAUAUCGUACCUCAACAAAACGCACAUACAAACCACCACCGAUCCACGGGAUUGCUACAUCAACGGCACACACAUAACCGACUCGGAUAUCACGGAUUCUUUCGAACCGGAAUAUACGCUCAAUCAGGUGAAACGGGACAUGAAUCUGGUAAAGAAUCUGGGUCGUAGUAUGACCUACUUUAUGUAUGCCCUAUACUACAACAUGCACGGGCUGAGCAAUCAUACCCAUUUCCUGCUGAAACAGAACGAUCAAAAGAUGGCGGCCAUGAGUGCCGAAAUAGGCCAUCUGGUGGGAAUGGUGGCCUUCAUGGUGACCAUAUUCGGUGCCGCGAUGGUGCUUGCGGUGGCCUACGGGCUGCACAUCCUCUACAAACGGUGGCAGAUGAAUCGAUCGGUUAAGGUGGUGACGUACAACAAACGUGCCAAUGAGUUCAGCAAUGGCGUCACUGUGAACGAAGUCAUGAGUGAUAAUAUCUGAGAGGUGGGGAAGAAGUUUGACGGGUGGGUGCCAUGUACAGUAUCGAGUGUGUAAAUGUACCAAAUGUAUCAUAGAGGAAAAUGAAGACGUUUAGCGUAAUUAUAUCGAUGAUAUUGAAAUAAAUGUAUGAUUUGAACUAAAUGUGCCGAGAGAA